UCCGCAGUAGCCGCUGGCGCCCCUUGGAGUACCUUAGUUUGCAGCUCAGUGUUGCGGUCUUCUCCCGGCUCACUCUCCGCUCCCGCUGGACCCUCGCAGCCGAUCAGGGGCGCGCUCACUGGCUCCGGUAGUGUUUCCGCGGCGGCCAUGGCCACGAAGAUCGACAAGGAGGCGUGUCGCGCGGCGUACAACCUAGUGCGGGACGACGGCUCGGAAGUGAUCUGGGUGACGUUCAGAUAUGACGGCGCCACCAUUGUCCCCGGCGAUCAGGGAGCGGAUUACCAGCACUUCAUUCAGCAGUGCACAGAUGAUGUCCGGCUGUUCGCCUUUGUACGCUUCACCACCGGUGAUGCCAUGAGCAAAAGGUCCAAGUUUGCCCUCAUCACGUGGAUCGGGGAGGAUGUGAGUGGGCUGCAGCGUGCCAAGACGGGCACUGACAAGACGCUGGUGAAGGAAGUGGUCCAGAAUUUUGCAAAGGAGUUUGUGAUCAGUGAUCGGAAGGAGCUAGAGGAAGACUUCAUCAGGAGUGAGCUAAAGAAAGCUGGAGGAGCCAAUUACGACGCUCAGACAGAGUAGCCUCAGCCCUGCACCCCAGAGCCAUCUGCCUGCUCCACCAAGGAGGAGACGGCCACCUCGAGUCACCAGCCCACCAGGGAGGAGAAGCCAUGAGAGGCGCCGGCGCUACCAGUGUGUGCAGCCCCCCCAACCUCCU